AUGAGAAUUUGGCCAAAUGUAGGAGCUGUGCUUGUCCUCUGUACUGUAUGGAGAGAGGCUGAACUGAUCACUGACAUUUAUGUAAGUGACCUCAUCAGUAGUUUCCUUGAUGGGAAGAAAUGGCCAGCUGCCAUGUUUUUUACUUGUUUGAAUACUGCAGAUAAUGUAAGGCUGACCAAACUGUGGGCAGCCUAUGGAAUCCAUUUGACAGCAUAUUCACUGGACCAGGAUUUACUUCCAGCCAUGUUGAUGACUGACUAUUACCACCUGGCAGUGAUACUAGACCUUAAUUGCAGUGGCAGUAACCAUCUGCUUGCUCAGGCAUCUCAAGAGAAGCAGUUCAGCAGUCUACACCAUUGGUUGCUGUUGUCUGGAGAGACGCCCUCAUCAAGUGAGGAUUCACUGAUUACUGCUCUGGAACCACUGGACCUGCAAUUAGAUAGUCACAUGACUAUAGCACACAUUGGAGCCAACAUGAAACAAGUUUUAUUGCAUGAUGUAUACAGGAUUGGACUCCAAGAACCUCUAAUAAUCACCCCACCCCGUGACUGGAGUGCAGGACAUCACUUUCCCUCUGGACCUCAGAGAAACAACUAUAAUGGAACUCAUUUAAAAACUUCUGUUCUAGUGAUGGACGACACAUGGGACACAUACCUGGAUGUACACUACAAACACUUCAACACAGAAGCCAAGGUUCAUUACAUGUUAAUGACUUACAUAUCUGAAUUGCUGAACUUCAGGAUGAAUGUAACCUUAACAGACACAUGGGGAUAUCCUUUAAAUGGAUCCAGCUGCUUCACUGGAAUAGUAGGGAUGCUGCAGUGUGGUGAAUGUGAGAUCUCUGCUGCUGGAGUCAUGUGGAAGGGAGAACGCAUGGAUAUUAUUGAUUAUGUUGCAGAGACUACCAAAUUCAGGGGUGCAUUUAUGUUUCUAAAGCCAUCAUUAUCAGAGGUAUCAAUCAUUUAUGAGUUACCAUUCAGUACAUCAGUAUGGGCAACUUACAUAUUAUCUGUGGCAUUUUUGACUGUUGUGUUGGACAUUGUCCAGCAUAUUGAGAAAAGUAUCUGGCCAUUAUCAGUGCCAUCUGAUUACCCAAUUUCGUGGAGUGAUGCUUUGUUGAACACCAUUGGGAUUGUUUGUCAGCAAGGCUCAGAAAACGUCCCUAAGAACCUGGCUUCAAGGAUAGUGUUCAUCUUCAUGAUGCUACUUUCCCUUUUUCUGCUUACAUCAUACUCAGCAAUAAUUGUAUCACUGAUUCAAACUACUAGUUCAGCGAUCAGCACUCUAACAGAUUUGAUGCAGAGCCCAAUGAAACUAAGCAUAAAUGACAAACUUGUUAAUGAAAUAACAGAUCCUACCGUAGAAAAAUUAUUCAAGGAGAAGCUGUAUACACAACCUUUCCAUCAAGCAUUUGUCACUGAAGAAGUUGGAAUGGAAAGAAUACGAAGAGGAUUGAAUGCCUUCCAUGGCCUUUCUGGGGCAUAUAAAAUUAUAAGUGAUACAUAUGAAGAACAUGAAAAAUGCAGAUUCAAGGAGAUAAAUAUGUUUGAAGCAAAUCAUGUUGGUUUUCCAAUAAGAAAAGGCUCUCCUUACAUUGAGCAUAUGAGGCAAAGCACACAGUGGAUGAAAGAAGCCGGCAUGGUGGGACGAGAAGAAGCACGAUGGUAUUAUCCAAAGCCACGAUGUGAAAGCAAUGGCCAAAAUUUUGUGAGUGUCGGAAUCCAGGACUUUUAUCCUGCAUUAGUUAUCUUAGCAUAUGGUAUCCUCUUGUCCAUUGUAAUUCUGGUAGCAGAAAUUCUGUACAACAAACAUCAUAGUGCUCCUCUUGAGACUCAUCUUGAAUCAUGUACCAGAAAGAAGAGAAAUGGAAGAGACUAACAGAUACACUGAGCCUGAAGAAGAAAGUUUCACUCAUCCUCCAAUCAAAGUUUUAUUUUGAGCACUGUUUUACAAUGCAGUCAUAGCUUACCAUAGAAGAAUUCUUCUGGUGUUGUCAAGCAGCUCAAAUUUGAUGUUGUUUAUGGUUCCUAAUCCUCACUUCUUCCUUCUUUCCUUCCACUGCCUAAAUUGAGUGGUUCUGGAUGUGGUAUGCAGAUCAGGACUUUCAAUUUCAGUUUCAAUAAAGGUGCUCCACAUAAUUCUUUAGG